GCGUUCAAUAAUUUUGAAAUAGUACAUUGUUGCUACUUCAGAACCGCCGACAUUAAAAGUAUCACCUGAUGAACAACAUGUUGUCAAAGGUACAGAUCAAUCGUUAGACUGUAGUAUUUCAGGAUUCCCAAAACCCGCAAUUACGUGGAUGAAAGGAGCCAUCAAAGUAGACCCUACUAUUGGUCCUUCUUCUCAUAAGUAUUCCGGAGGAACUGACGAAUCUCCAUCACUGAUUAUCAAGAAUUUCGAAAUAAGUGAUGAAGGAAUGUACUUUUGCAAAGCUGUAAACGAAGCAGGUGAAGGGAUUAGCAAUAAAUCAUACCUUACAUGCGUUGCACAACCGACAGUAAAAAUAUCUUCGUAUAAGCAAGAUGUAGUCAAGGGAGAAGAUCACACUUUAUAUUGUGAUAUUUUUGGAAUCCCAAAACCAGUAAUUGCAUGGAUGAAAUUAGUCAAUGGUGAAUAUGAAAUGUUGGACCUUUUGAAAGAAAACUACUUUGGAGGAACAUGUGAUUGUCUUUCACUAACUAUUAAGACUUUCAAUACAAAUGAUGAUGGAAUUUAUGUAUGUAAAGCUACGAAUAUAGCAGGAGAACAGACAAGCAAUGAAACGUGUCUAACAUGCAUCGAAUUGCCUAAAGUCCGAAUAACGCCUGAAAAUGAAAAUGUUAUUAGAGGUGAAGAUCAAACUUUAAAAUGUGUUAUUUCUGGGAUCCCAAAGCCUCAAAUUUCAUGGAAAAGGGAAAUCAGUGGUGAAGAAACUAUUGUUGAUCUCUCUCUAGACAAGUAUGUAGAGGAAUGUGGUGAUUGUCCGUCACUUACUAUUAUCGACUUCGAUGUUACUGAUGAGGGAAGAUAUUUCUGUAACGCUACAAACGAAGUAAGAGAGGCAAUCAGCAAUAGCUCAUUUCUUAAAUACUUUGAAUUACCUAAAGUCCGAAUAACGCCUGAAAAUGAAAAUGUUAUUAGAGGUGAAGAUCAAAUUUUAAAAUGUGUUAUUUCUGGGAUCCCAAAGCCGCGAAUUUCAUGGAAAAGGGAAAUCAGUGGUGAAGAAACUAUUGUUGAUCUCUCUCUAGACAAGUAUGUAGAGGAAUGUGGUGAUUGUCCGUCACUUACUAUUAUCGACUUCGAUGUUACUGAUGAAGGAAGAUAUUCCUGUAAAGCUACAAACGAUGUUGGAGAGGCAAUCAGCAAUAACUCAUUUCUUAAAUACUUUGAAUUACCUAAAGUCCGAAUAACGCCUGAAAAUAUAAAUGUUAUUCGAGGUGAAGAUCAAACUUUAAAAAGUGUUAUUUCUGGGAUCCCAAAGCCUCGAAUUUCAUGGAAAAGGGAAAUCAGUGGUGAAGAAACUAUUGUUGAUCUCUCUCUAGACAAGUAUGUAGAGGAAUGUGGUGAUUGUCUGUCACUUACUAUAAUCGACUUCGAUGUUACUGAUGAGGGAAGAUAUCUCUGUAACGCUACAAACAACGUUGGAGAGGAAAUCAGCAAUAGCUCAUUUCUUAAAUACUUUGAAUUACCUAAAGUUCGAAUAACGCCUGAAAAUAAAAAUGUUAUUCGAGGUGAAGAUCAAACUUUAAAAAGUGUUAUUUCUGGGAUCCCAAAGCCUCGAAUUUCAUGGAAAAGGGAAAUCAGUGGUGAAGAAACUAUUGUUGAUCUCUCUCUAGACAAGUAUGUAGAGGAAUAUGGUGAUUGUCCGUCACUAACUAUUUUCGACUUCGAUGUUACUGAUGAGGGAAGAUAUUUCUGUAACGCUACAAACGAAGUUGGAGAGGUAAUCAGCAAUAGCUCAUUUCUUAAAUUCUUUGGUUUGCUUCCAAACACUCUGGACAAUUAGAGGACACAAAUUGACUUCACGAGUUUAGGUUACAAUAAACCAUUAGAUUUAAUGGGCGCAACCAUUUUAUGAAGAUAACAUGGUAUUCAGAAUCAAGAGUAUGGCUAACCCUGAAUGGUCGUUGUGUGCACCGAUAUUUUUUAUUACUAGAUACUUCGUCCGUUCUGCAUUAUACCAAUGGCAAAAUAAUAUAUUUUCCUUAGCCCUAAGGCAUAAGAAGUCUUUUCUACGCUGCGACGAGAUACGUAUUUUUAAGUGCAGAAUUGAUAGGCAAGGGAGAUAAGUACAAAUUGCGCUAAGAAAAGCAACGGGAACCUAUAUUUUUUGGACUAAAGAAUACUGUCCGAAUAAUUUUUCUUUAAUUCUACCAAGGCUUUGUUCUAAAAAUCAACUUUCUAAAGUCUGUAUCUCGAAAAAGGCUACUCUUGUCGCCUAAGGGGAAAUCAAUUGUUGUUUGCAAUCUAUAGAAUAUAAAUUAAAAUGCAAUAUAAACACUGAUUUCUAACUGUUUCACAUUCCGCAAAGACCAGAAAUACUGAUUAAACCUUACGCGAAAUGUGAAGUGGAAGGAUUUAAUCAAACGAUAGUAUGUCGCAUGUCUGGGACACCUACACCAAAAAUCAUAUCUUGGACAAGGACAACAAACGCGGAAGAAAUACCAGUGGAUCUUACAUCAUACAAGUAGUCUGGUGGAACUGCUGGUUGUCCAUCUUGACCAUCAAAAGUUUUAAUGAGGCAGACGAUGAAAGAUACCGUUGUCGAGCCAAUAACGAGGCUGGAGAAGGACUUACGUUAUGGGGUUUUCUCAUUGUUGAAGGUCGUACGGUUGCCUAUAAUUGCUUACAUCCACUUCAUUUGAACUUUGGUGGAUAGUUGUCUCAUUGGCAAUCAUACCACAUCUCUUUAUUUUAUUAUUAGUAAUGAAGUGUACCUUACAACAGAAGUAACAAGUUUUAAGCUGUUACUGUGACUUGACUAUAGGUGUUGCUGUUUACCUUUACCUAUUGUUCAACCAGAUUGUAAAAUUGACAAUACAAUUGGGACAUUUGAAUUGACCAGUUGAUAUUGUUAGAAUUGAUGACUAGAUGAUCAUUCAUGCAUUUAGAGUCUACCUGGAUGCUGUCCCAUUUCUUAACCUGUUUAAUUGUAACUGUUGUAGUGUAACUGGGAUAGGUCUGUCAAAAGUUAUCAAUGUGGUAAAGGAAAUCCAACCACUCAUAGUAUUUGGCCCUGAAAACAUUUAGAGGAAAUGUAGUUCAUUGUAUGACAUGCAAUUAAAUACCCUGCAAUAAAAAUACAUAUCCAUUCUCGUUCUGGUUUGCACACUCCUAAUUUUUGAAAUGACAGUUAAAAUAAAAAUCUCUCUUUUUCUUUCUAAAUUUUGUGUUCCUUUGGCAAUUGUAUGGCCGAUUACUUCAAGGAAUACAUUCAUUUCAAUGUUUAUUUCCUUUACUUGUAUUAGGAUUCUCUAAUGAAAAACAUGGGGAAAUGAAUUUUUAAAAACAAACAGCAGUUUUAACAAAUAGUAGAACAUGAAAAAAGUUUGCAUCUUGUGGUCAUGCUCUAGCUUUAUUCGUACCACGUAUAUUGUUGAAAAGACCUCUUUUAUCUCUUUGGCUUUUUCUAAUGGGAGAUAACUCAAAAAUAUUUUUUUUUACUCUUGUCGCAAUCUUAAUUAUUUCAUAAUUUCCAUAAUUUUCCAGGAUAAAUGAAAACCAGAACAAAUGUGUGCAUUCCUUCAUUUAGACAUUUGUUCAAUACUUAUUGACAUGAUCCUUGUACAAAGUGUUUAUGCAGUGAAAAUCAAAAAUAAUAGUUAUGAAUAAACUUUUAUUUAUUGACACUGAUAUUUGAUAUCCCAUCAAGUAUUCCAGUUUCACUAUUUGAAAUGAUUUUAAAAUAUUUUCCCAAUUUUAUCAAAUUUUUGGAAUUUUUUAAAACAUUUUUCACUGUAUCACUAGAUUUUUUUUCUACAUCCACAGUAUUCUGUUUAAUUCCCCAAGUUGUAUAUCCUUAUCAACAGGUGCAUUAGAUCCAGAAAUUUGUAAUUUUUUAUUAUUUCCAAUAUCACAUUCAAAAGAAUAAUCCUCACAUGAUUUUACUAUAACCACAGUAUUCAUUUUUUAUUUCAUUUCCCCAUGAUAUAUAUCCACAUUAACCAAUAUUAGAUACAGAAUUUUAUAACAAUUAUUCCAAUAUCACAUUCAAAAUUGUUAUCCUCACGUUAUGAUUUUUUUUGAAAUAUUUUACUUUUAUUUUUCACUUUAUGACUAGAUUUGACUAUAUCCACUGUGUUCACAUUUUAUUUCAUUUUCUAUGAUAUAUAUCCCAUUUAAACUUGAGAAUCAUCUUCAUGUUAGAUCCAGAAUUUUAUAAUGAUUAUUUUCAAAAUCACAUUUAAAAGCCACAGAGAAAUGUUGGAUAAACGUAUUUCUUCUACUUGUAUUCUAGUUUUGAUUUUUUUUACCUUUUAGAUUAACUAAAUUCCAUCUUAUAAAAGUGAAUUCCCUUGAGUGAACACAGUAUUUUUAUGCACACAAAUUCUAAUAAAUUUCAAAGAUAAACACUGCAAGGUAUACUCCAAAAUUAUUUCGAAUUUUACAUGUACAUCAUCAUGUGAAAGCCACACAAAACAUUUUGAAUGAACUAUUUACUCCUUGAUACAUUCAUGACAAUCCAUUCUUGUAAAAUAACAAGUCACUUUAUUUAAGCAAAAUUAGAUGGCAUCUAAGAAGUGAAUUCAAAUGAAAUAAAUCCCAAUAUUUUAUGCAUAUUGAUUCCAAUAGUUUUCAAACACUUCGAAUAAUACUCCAAAUGAAAAAUUUUAAGGGAUAUAUGAAGAAAUACAUAACAUGUCCAUCUGAAAACUGAAACUGAAGACAGCUGCGUUGAUAUUUUUGCAGUUAUUAAGGUAAUUAAAAAAGAUGCGGAUGAUACCAAAGGGGCAUUCAAAAGUCGGAGAUAAACCGACAAACCUAUGACACUGAACGAAAGACGAAGAAAAGACAAACAAGUUUCUCGUAGGUCAUCACGUGGUCAAGUGGUUAUAGAUCCUUUACUUUCAAAUUUUGUGGUUAGAGGGUUCUUGAUGAAAGUAAAUCCAAAUAAUAGCCUUGCAUUUGAACUUUAUCAGAAAACAUCACAAAGGUACAAUUUAUUUUUUAAAUGAAUCCAUUUCAAAGGCAUUGUUGCUAAGAUAAUUUCAUCAAAAUAGUAUAAGAUAGGCUCAAAGUCUGCCCAUUUUUUGAAAAAUUCUUCGAAAUACGAUGAGUGAGUACAUUUAAAGGAGAUACAUGUAAAGCUUUUGGUAAACAUUAGCCGCAAUCUAAGAUCCAAAAUUUUAAAUAUUGGUUGCUGUUUUUUAUUUCUUGUUAACAGUAGAGGAAGACACGCAUUUGUUCAAUGCACAGAACAAACUAUGUAGAACUUCAAUGCUAAAAAAAAAAUUUCAAACAGGUUUUAGUAUGUUUCAAGAAAUAAAUUACCAAGUUAGUGUUUAUAAAAACGCAUUAUUGUUUGUAAUUCAUAUAUAUUAAAAUACUGUAUCACUA